UGUUUUUGUCUCUUUUCCAUGACAUAGAAGAGCUUCACAUCUUUUUGGUUUCACAUUUCUUUAUUACAAAAAUAUUCUGCGAACAAAAAUGUUUUCAAGAAAGAAAAAAAUUAAGAAAAAAUCUAAAGUAUUAACUGAUGAUGAAGAAAUUGUGAAAAAGGCAAACGAUCAAAAUAAUCCACUUGGACAUUUGGUUGCUUUUCACUCGUUUUCGCGAAAUGGGUUAGAUGUUGACCUAAAAUGUUGCAAAGCCUCUCAGCUUGACAAAAUUACAAUUGAUCAAUUGUUUGACCUGUUGAAGAACAACAUGAAAAAAAUGUAUGAAGAGAGUGCUUGGGGCUGGAAUGAAAAAGAAAAAUUUUUAGAAAUGACUGAAGACUCUGCUUGGUAUUUGAUUGCCUCCACAAAAGAAGGAAAGCCCAUAGCCUUCUCACAUUUUCGUUUUGAUAUGGAUUAUGGGCUUCCAGUAUUAUAUUGCUAUGAAUUACAGCUGGAAUUAGAAUGCAGGCAUAAAGGACUUGGACGAUUCAUGCUCCAAAUUUUAGAGCUCAUGGCAUUCACAGCUAAUUUAAGGAAAGUUGUGCUGACUGUCUUUGUACACAACCUUAAUGCAGUUGGCUUUUUCAAAAGCCAUGGUUAUGUGGUUGAUGAGACAAGCCCAGCAAGUAACCUUCAAGAACAGUUCGACUAUGAGAUCUUAAGUAAAAGUAACAAACGGACUAGGAAAAGUUGAUGCACUUGUAUGUAAUAAAAACGGCUUUAUUUUUACUGAAUCGCAAUUCGAAGUCAUUCUACAUAUUCAAAAUACGACAAGCAUAUGUCUAUUUCUCAGUAAAUUGGAAUUACGGUUCGUAUUCUGUUCAUAGCUGAAAAUGAA